AUGGAGCAGUGCGCAGGGUGGGUCCAGGAGGCGAGGGAUUCUCUGCGAGGGAGAAGACUGUUCACGCUUUUGGCAGUGGUGAACCUGGUCAACUACCUCGAUCGCGGGGUUAUUCCCGGAGGCAGCGAGGAGUUCAACGGGUUCAUCCAGAAAACCUUACACACCGAUCGGCCAGACGUGUUUCUCGGGAUCCUGCAGAGCGGUUUCAUCUUAGGUUUCAGCGCGGCGUGCUUCGUCUUCCCGAGUCUCGCGAGGCGACGGAGCCCGUUCAGCCUCAUGGCCGCCGGCCUAGGGAUGUGGUGCGGGGCAGCGGUGUUCGCCGGCGUGGCGAAGCCCUUGGGGAGCUACGCGGUCCUCCUUAUGGCUAGGCUGCUGUCGGGCGUGGGCGAGGCGAGCUUCGUCACCGUAGUUCCGCCGCUUAUCACGGACACGGCCCCCCCUGGGGAACGGGGACUGUGGCUCGCCCUCUUCUACACCGCACAGCCCGUGGGGGCCGGCAUCGGAUACGUCUACGGCAGCGCCUUGGCAAACUCUUGUUUAGGCUGGCCCUGGGCGUUCUACUUCGAGGCGUUCUUCAUGGCCCCGCUGGCGAUGGCGUGCUCCCUCGUCCCCCGCGACCGCGCCAUGGCCGUCUCCAACGCCUCCGAUUACGGCGCCCCCCCCGGCUCCACCGCAACCCCUACCACGGACACCACCGGAAACCUUAGCGGCAGCCCUAAGGAUGGGGAGAGCAGCGGUAUGGCUGAGUCGCCCAAGGUGGAGCAGGGUUACGGUUCGCCGGCGAGGGCAGAGGGGUCGUCGUCGGCGGUUUCAUCGUCCGUGGCGACGCCUUCUCCCGAGGGAGACCUUCGUAGACGCCCGGACAGAGAAAAGAAGCGCCUUCUUGGUGUUUGUGAUGGCGCAGGGGGGGGGGACGGCGGCGGCGACAGCAGCGGGGAAGGCGAGGGCUCGUCAUCCUCCUGGGGCUUGUUGGAGCACGAACCAGGCGGGUGGGCGGGCGAAAGAGAUAAAACGUGGGUAGAAGAAGAAGACACGGCCGAGAUGUCGAGGGGGGGAUCGCAGAGACAUUAUCCCGAGGAGGUCGAUGGCAUUUCCGGGGGGGGUCUCGUGGUGGUUUCCCCGCCCGGAGGAGGAGGAGGAGGAGGAGGAGGAGAAGGAGAAGGAGGCGCUUCUAUAGGGGGGGAGGGUCACGAUCCGACGGUGCGCCUCCUGGGGUCCCUGAACAGCGGACAAUCUCCGUGCUGCUCUCCGGGAGAAGACUCGAUCGGAACGACAGCAGCAGCAGGAAGAAAAAGAAGAAGAAGAAUCCCGCAACCUACCACCACCGCCACCACUAGUAGCGUCUUCGCGCUGCAAGACGUGCUCGAGGUCGCGGACCGACCGGUUUUCUGCCUCGUCGUUCUCGGGUCGGCGGCGACGGCGGCGGUCUCUGUCGGCAUGUCGACCUUCUGCACCUCGAUCGUGACUAGCCUAGAGUUCCUGCCCUCGGAGAGCGCCGCGGCGGCUACCUUCGGGUGCGUCAUCUGCGCCGCGGGGUUGGUCGGCACGCCCGCCGGCGGUGCGCUCAUCGACGCGGCGGACCCGGAGGGGAGGCUGGGGGACGAGAGGAAGCUGGCCAUGGUCCUGUCGCAGGCGACCGCGCUCAUGUGCGUGGCCACCGUCCUUCUGGUGGCAUCUACGGUGCAGUCGUCCCUGAUCCCGUUCCUCUUCUUCUUCUUCUUCGGGGGGGCCCUCCUCUUCGCUACGGCCUCACACUCCAACCUCGCGGUCAUGCUCUCAUCGCCGAGACACCUCCGCCCGCUCGCCAUCGCCGUCAACUCCAUCGUCAUGCACGCUCUCGGCGAUGUCCCUUCCCCGACCCUCAUCGGAUGGGCCAAGGAUGCGCUCGCGCCGCAUUGCGUCGCCGGGGAAGCGGCGUCCGGUGGCAGCGCCUUCUUGAGGGGUUCGGAGUCAGUUGUCGGUCCCGCCGCAAGGGGGCUGGGGGGGUUGCUGCGGGCGGGGAGGGUGCUAGGUGGGGUCAGCGAUGCCUGCAGGGGCGAGAGGCGAGGGCUACACCUAACCUUGUUGAUUAUCGCAUUGUGGCUGCUGUGGACAUGCCUCUUCUUCGGCCUAGCUCGGGCUGUGCAGCAGAGCGCGCUGGAGUACGGGGUGCUCCCUGUAUCGUGGGGCGACAUCAGGGGUCUGAUAUCGAAGGGUUUGUUUCGCCCUGGUUGGCCAAGUCGGUGGCGGGUGUGGUGGCGGGAACGUGGGCGAUCCGUGCAACGGAAGCCAGCUCUCUGGAUAGACGAAAUUGAGGACGGAGGCUACGACAAUGGAGUCGGUUCGAGCCUCGAGGAAGCUUUGCUCCCGCCGGCAUCAUUACCGUUACCGUCGCCUCUCACGCCUACCUCUCUAGUCGACUAG